GUUGGGCGCAAGACGCCUUGUGGGGAUUGUAACUAUGGCGGGCCUGCACAACGAAAGUGAACAGGAGCCGCUCUUAGGCGACACACCUGGAAGCAGGUGAGCGGAUCCUGGUGGAGGGACCCCUCAGCCUCCUGCGCUGGUGGGACUGGCUCCUUUCCGGGCUUCACCCGCACUGGGACAAACCCUCGCUGCCAGAGGGGUUCCAGCGCGGUGGGAGCCGGUGGCCGGGUUGUGUGAGCCGAGAAGAUUCGCUCCCAAGGUAGGAGAAAGGGCGUCUGGCCGCACCGUGCGGUGAUGAGCCCGUGGGUUCGAGUGACGGGGCUGGAGAAACCCAGGCUGCUGCUUUGCCUGUUGCAGCAGCCAAGCCACCACAUUCUGUAUCUUCUGCAUUCCAUAUUUGGCCCUUUGUAGCUGAUCACUUCCCACAUUUCACAGUUCCAAAAUGAUGGUUUUAAUCGAUACUUGAAGGUAUCGGUGUUAGUAAUGACCUGCUGCCUAAUUGCCUGACAACCUCUUGAUACUUUAACAAAUCUGUCUAAAAUGAGCUCGCCUUUGUCCUAUGCCAAAUGCACCAAGAAAGACUAAUUUUAAGGCAUUGAAGGAAUAACGUUAGUAUUUUGAUCCUUAUAAUUCUGGUUGUUUUGAUCCUAGUUUAUGGGCAAUGACUCAGGAAUGUAUACCCAAUGUAUUUUUACCUUUAGGAAAACGGAAUUAGUAUUUUAUUUGAAAUAUACAUAAUAAUUACCUCAAGUAAAUUAAUAAAUUCAGUUAAACUUCAGCUGUCUAUGACCGUGUUAAUUUUUACUUAUUUGUUCCGCGUAAGCACCAAACCUUUUGUGAGCACUCUAACUCAAAACCCUUUGGCAAAUGUAUUGCUCUGGUCCUCGAUUUACUAAACAGAGUUUAUGGAAUGCAGUUUUAUCUUUACCUGAUUUUAUCUUGAUCAUUAAAAUGAGUAUCGAUGCUGAUAUGAAUUUUAAUAGAGUGAUGUCCUCAGAGCCUAUUGAGACAUUUGGGACUGUUUGCUUCUAUACCAAUUUAUUCUACACUGCUAUACUUUUUUUUUGAGACGGGGUCUUGCUCUGUGGCCUAGUCUAGAGUGCAGUGGUGAGCCUGGAAUGCAGUUUUAUCUUUACUUGAUUUUAUCUUGAGAUCAUUAAAAUGAAUAUCGAUGCUGAUAUGAAUUUUAAUAGAGUGAUGUCCUCAGAGCCUAUUGAGACAGUUGGGACUGUUUGCUUCUAUACCAAUUUAUUCUACACUGCUAUACUUUUUUUUUGAGACCGGGUCUUGCUCUGUGGCCUAGUCUGUAGUGCAGUGGUGCGAUUUUGGCUCACUGCCACCUGUGCCUCCCAGGUUCAAGCGAUUCUCCUGCCUCGGCUUCCGGAGUAGCUGGGAUUACAGGCGCGGGCCACCAGACCCGGCUAAUUUUUGUAUUUUUGGUAAAGACGGGGUUUCACCAUGUGGCCAGGCUGAUCUGGAACUCCUGACCUCAAGUAAUCCACCCACCUCAGCCUCCCAAAGUGCUGGUAUAGAAGCAGUCCCAAAAGUCUCAAUAGGCUCUGAGGCCCGCUGCUAUACUUUUUAAGUACUUACGUCUGCUUUUAGUUUUUCUGACAGACUGUUUUCCUGGCAGACUGUUCUGCAUCAUGUUUUUGAAAUCUGGCAGCAACAGUUGUUUUGUUGUUGUUGUUGUUGUUGUCACCAUACUCUUUCCACCAGCUUUUAAUUUGGGGCUUCUUGUUUGUGAUAGCUUUGAUAACCCUGGAUCUAUGCUUAAUAUAACUGUGCGUCAUUACAACCUGGUAGUUCUGACUGAGAGGUAAAUGUCUUUCCUAUUAGUUAAGUGCAUAAGCUUGAGUGCAUGGACUUUGUGACAUUUGGUUUUCUCAGAAUUCUUUUUUUUUUUUUUUUGAGAUGGAGUCUCGCUCUGUCACCCAGGCUGGAGUGCAGUGGCGCGAUCUCCGCUCACUGCAAGCUCCUCCUCCCGGGUUCACGCCAUUCUUCUGCCUCAGCCUCCCGAGUAGAGUAGCUGGGACUGCAGGCACCUGCCACCAAGCAGGGCUAAUUUUUUUUGUAUUUUUAGUAGAGACGGGGUUUCACCGUGUUAGCCAAGAUGGUCUCGAUCUCCUGACCUCGUGAUCCGCCCGCCUUGGCCUCCCAAAGUGCUGGGAUUACAGGCGUGAGCCACCGCGCCCGGCCUCAGAAUUCUUUUUGCUUCGUCCUGGUUUUUAGCUAUUUUCCAGAUAAUUGCAGGAUCCCUGAGUUACGUUUAAAUGUGGUCUUCUGGUACAUUCUGUCACCUUGUACAAAAGAGAAUUUGUUUUCAUACUCUUAGCUUUGACUUCAUCAAAGUGAUUGAUGCUCAUUAGGAUCUGUCCAGAUUUAGGUGUUCCCGCCAAUAAUCAAUACCUCUGAUUGAGGUUCUAGAUUUAGCAUUUUAAAAACAAAAAGGGAGUAUUUUGAAAAUAAUUCAAUAAGUAUAUGUCUUUAAAAACACAAGUAUAUUCCCUAGUAAAGUGAACCUAUGUACAACUAGUUGGCAGGACCUGUUUGUUCACUUUGAAUAUAUUGCACAAACACAUCUAGGUCACCACCAACUUUUCCUCACUAACAAGGUUGAUUGUAAUUUGCUGGUCUGGUGGAGCUGGCCUCUUGAAUCCUCAGUGCUCCCCACUGACCCCCUCUAUGGAGCUUUAUUUAAGGCAACAGGGGUUGGAAAACAUUUCCUGUAAAGUCCCAGUUUGUAAAUAUUUUAGGCUUUUUUAGGGCAAGGGGAAAAAUCAAGGAUAUUAUAUAGGUGUUUAGAUAACCAGAAAACAAAUUCCACAAAAUUUUUUAGUGAUGACAUUUAAAAUAUAAUAAUAAGUAUAAUAUAGGUUUGUUAAUGAAAGGGAUAGAAUUUGGUGGGGGAGGGGAUGACAUUUUCCUUAAUUGCAGUUCAGAGUUGAUGUUUUCUGUCAUCAAACUGAUAACAUAUUCAUCUGUAAAAACCGUUUGUAGCUCACAUGUUAAUGAUCCAAGUUACAAAUGAUUUCAAAUUUUUUUUGCAACCUUAGCCUAGUCUCUAAAAUUUGUAUUAUUAGGGCAUCUAUCCUUAUAGGGCAUAUCUUUAUAGAAUAUUUUCAGUUUAUUUCUGUAACUGUUAUACCACUACAUUGUUCUGUCACUGAGCACACACUUCUUUCCUCUCUCUCUCUUUUUUAUUUUUUAUUUUUUUAAAGACAGACUGUCUGUUGCCCAGGCUGGAGUGCAGUGGCACAAUCUCUGCUCACUGCAACCUCUGCCUCCCAGGUUCAAGUGAUUCUCCUGCCUCAGCCUCAUAAGUAGCAGGGGCUACAGGCAUCCACCACCACGCCCGGCUAAUUUUUGUAUUUUUAGUAGAGACAGGGUUUCACCAUGUUGGUCAGGCUGAUCUUGAACUCCUGACCUCAAGCAGUCUGCCCGCUUCGGCCUCCCAAAGUGCUGGGAUUACAGGCGUGAGCUACUGCGCCUGGCCAUUGUUAAAUUUUAUCUAACUUAUUUUGCUAAUCAGUUCACUCCACUAUAUUGUGUAUUCCUUUUAGUUUUUAAGUCACAAGUUUGACAAGCAUGCUAUCAUUUGGAGUAUUUCAGUUUGAAAUAGAAAUGUUGAACAGGAUAAAACUGUAGCACUACAGUUUUACUGGAAGGAAAAUCUCAAAUGGGGAACUAAUGCUAGACUGCAGCAGUGAUUAUAGAAAGGAAUUUUAAAAGUUAAGCAAAUCAUCUUGGAAAUGCAGCAUUCCUUUUUGUACCCGGUCAUACGAGAAAGAAGCCUCUGGAAAUUCAAUCUCAGAGAAUGGGACAUUUUAGAGACUGAAGAGCAUUAUAAGAGCCGAUGGAGAUCUAUUAGGAUUUUAUAUCUUACUAUGUUUCUCAGCAGUGUAGGGUUUUCUAUAGUGAUACUGUCCAUAUGGCCAUAUCUCCAAAAGAUUGAUCCGACAGCUGAUACCAGUUUUUUGGGCUGGGUUAUUGCUUCAUAUAGUCUUGGCCAAAUGGUAGCUUCACCUGUAUUUGGUUUAUGGUCUAAUUAUAGACCAAGAAAAGAGCCUCUUAUUGUCUCCAUCUUGAUUUCCGUGGCAGCCAACUGCCUCUAUGCAUAUCUCCACAUCCCAGCUUCUCAUAAUAAAUACUACAUGCUGGUUGCUCGUGGAUUGUUGGGAAUUGGAGCAGGAAAUGUAGCAGUUGUUAGAUCAUAUACUGCUGGUGCUACUUCCCUUCAGGAAAGAACAAGUUCCAUGGCAAACAUAAGCAUGUGUCAAGCAUUAGGUUUUAUUCUAGGUCCAGUUUUUCAGACUUGUUUUGCAUUCAUUGGAGAAAAAGGUGUGACAUGGGAUGUGAUUAAACUGCAGAUAAACAUGUAUACAACACCAGUUUUGCUUAGCGCCUUCCUGGGAAUUUUAAAUAUUAUUCUGAUCCUUGCUAUACUAAGAGAACAUCGUGUGGAUGACUCAGGAAGACAGUGUAAAAGUAUUAAUUUUGAAGAAGCAAGUACAGAUGAAGCUCAGGUUCCCCAAGGAAAUAUUGACCAGGUUGCUGUUGUGGCCAUCAAUGUUCUGUUUUUUGUGGCUCUAUUUAUCUUUGCCCUUUUUGAAACCAUCAUUACUCCAUUAACAAUGGAUAUGUAUGCCUGGACUCAAGAACAAGCUGUGUUAUAUAAUGGCAUAAUACUUGCUGCUCUUGGGGUUGAAGCAGUUGUUAUUUUCUUAGGAGUUAAGUUACUUUCCAAAAAGAUUGGCGAGCGUGCUAUUCUACUGGGAGGACUCAUCGUUGUAUGGGUUGGCUUCUUUAUCUUGUUACCUUGGGGAAAUCAGCUUCCCAAAAUACAGUGGGAAGAUUUGCACAAUAAUUCAGUCCCUAAUACCACAUUUGGGGAAAUUAUUAUUGGUCUUUGGAAGUCUCCAAUGGAGGAUGACAAUGAAAGACCAACUGGUUGCUCGAUUGAACAAGCCUGGUGCCUCUACACCCCGGUGAUUCAUCUGGCCCAGUUCCUUACAUCAGUUGUGCUAAUGGGAUUAGGCUAUCCAGCCUGCAAUCUUAUGUCCUAUACUCUGUAUUCAAAAAUUCUAGGACCAAAACCUCAGGGUGUAUACAUGGGCUGGUUAACAGCAUCUGGAAGUGGAGCCCGGAUUCUUGGGCCUAUGUUCAUCAGCCAAGUGUAUGCUCACUGGGGACCACGAUGGGCAUUCAGCCUGGUGUGUGGAAUAAUAGUGCUCACCAUCACCCUCCUGGGAGUGGUUUACAAAAGACUCAUUGCUCUUUCUGUAAGAUAUGGGAGGAUUCAGGAAUAAACUAGUUAAGACUGUGAUGGAAACUACUUGCUGUGUGGCACUUUCUGGUCUAAAGCUCUGCUAGACAAUUGCGGUGAGCCAGCUUCCAAGAAUCAGACUACAGAUACUGCAGAUUUUGAAGAACAAGAACAACAGAGAGAAUUUUACAUGUCAUUGUGAAUAGUAGGUUAUAUAAAAACAUACUAGAUCAUAAUUUCCUUACCUCAGAAAUGAAAUAUUAUUCUUAUAAUACCUUUUUGUGGUUGCAUGAACUAAUGAGUGAAUGGACAAUGAUGAAUAAAUGUGAAGUUGUAUGCUUAAUACCAACUGCAGAAGUGUCAUUAAAAUAAUAUACAGUGGAACCAGAAAGAGGGUUCUGUAAAAAUUAGCCAUAGCAGAAUAAAAUUAUAGAAUUUUAAAUACCUCUACCCAAGUAGAGAUAUUUUUAAUCAGACACCUACUUUUUAUUUAUUAAAAAAAGCAUUUUCUAUUAUCAAGUUCACUUAUGAAAUAAAAAUUAUAUAACACUUAUAUUUUCUGUUUAGCAUGCCUAACAUCCUACCUUGCCUUCUAUGAGUCUUUCUUCUAGUACUGCACCUCUGCCUUAUUUUAGUUCAGGGUUUCACUAAGUAACCCCUACAUUAAUAAAUGAGUAUGAAUAAUGCUAAUAUUUGAGCAAUACAGAGGAUUAAGAGAUCAAGAUACUUCACUGCCUAUUAGCCUAAUGGGGAUACCUACUUUCUUUCAAAUGCCAAUAAUUUGCAUUAGAAACAUAAUCCAGAUAUGUGUUAUUGUAUAUAUAUACAAAACAGUAAAUGGUUUCUUAAAAUUAUUGCUAUUUUUCAACCCCCUUAAACUGGAGAACAACAUUUACUUUAAUUAGUAAAACAUUAAUUAAUUUACUUUAAUUUUUCCCAUCUCUCAGUAGUGGCGGGGAGGAACACAACAGUUUUCAAUCUAUGUCUGCAUAGCUGUUUAGAGCUGCAGAAUUUUAGUUGGAUUUUUAAUUUGGAUGAUCCCUGACAGCCCCAACCUAGUCAGGCUAAUAAGUAUUUGAGGCAAAAUGGCUUUAAUCUAACAAUUUACUGAGUUUACCUGAAGUUGGCUAAAUAACACUGUAUGUUUAACUUCUACCUCUACAUAAGUUGAGCGCUGAUAAAAGGAACUAGUAGAUAACUGUGUGUAUUGAUAAGCACUGUUACAGAAAAUGCAAAAAUAUUUCUAAACACUUUUCCAAAUGUUUUCUACUUUAAGUUAGAAAUAUUUUCAAAUCUGAGAAUAAACACUAUAUAAUCUGCACUUUAUAGGUUGGGUGCAGUGUCUCACGCCUGUAAUCCCAGCACUUUGGAAGGCCAAGGCAGGAGGAUUGCUUGAGGCCAGGAAUUCAAGACCAGCCUGGGAAACAAAGUGAGACCCUGUCUCUACAAAAAAUAAAAUAAAAACAAAAAUUUAAAACUGUAUAAUCUGCACUUUAUGCUAAACUUGCUGUGCUCUUAAACUCAAUUUUUUCAGCUCUAAUAAAGGGCUUAAUUUGAUAGAAUUAUUCUACGAUUAAAUUUUGAAGACUGUUUUCACUCUCCUCUGCCGCCCAUAGCAAGACUGCUUCCAUAGAUUUCUCAGAACUGUAGCCAGGUUUCUGGCUAUUUAGUCAAGUCUGGGAUCCCUCUUACCUGCUAUUGUGCAGCUGCUUUCUCUGUCUUACAUUUUUUGGGCCACUUCUAAUCUUGAAGAGUAAACUCUACCCUUGGUUUGCAUAGUGUGCAUGACAAAAAUAACAAGAAUAAUGGUAAUGAUGAAAAUGAUAAGAGCAAAAUUUGUGGAGUGCUUUCCACAUUCCGGGUAAUGUGUAACAUACAAUUUAAUUCUUACAGCAGUCUUAUGGAAUGAAAAUACUAUUAUUAUUCCAAUUUUACAGAUGAAAGAAUGGAGGCACAGAAAAGUUACUUGUCUAAGUAACAGUCUAUCCUUAAAGUCCACAGUCUUAACCACUUGAUUUUUCAUAGUGAGGAAAAUAUCCCAGAAAGUUGCAGUUUCAAUUAAUUACUAAUCGUAGGGUAACUUAACUAUACCAGUGACUCCUAUUAGCAGAAAUAUUUGGGCAACAUAAGCCCACUGACUGGAGCUUUUGUCUUAGCAUAAUAGCCUGUUUCCAGCAAGAAUAUAACAGAAAAGUUUCCCAGCUUUCAAAGGUUUAUAAUAUUGAUUAAAAUUUAGAUAACCUUGCAUAAAUGACUUACUUUCCUUUUUAUUGGGAGCAUUUUCUUUGGACCAUUUUCUUCUUUGGAGGAUUAUACCUUGCUCAUCUUGGCACAAAAGAAGGCGAAAGGAAGUAACAUGGGAUUGGGAAAAGAGCAAGGAGGUAAAGUUUGAGGAAAAAAAAUCACUCUGUUGAUGUCUUCUUGAGUAGGCCAAGUUGCGUAUAAAGAGAAAAUGACAACAGGAGAUUUUAAGGUAUGAUAUAUUGUUAACAGUAGUACUUAUUUAAGAAGAGAAAAUAUGUUUUUGAAAACAAAUUUAAACUUGAAAGGAUGAUUUUCAUAUUUUGAAGGGAUUUAUAACUUCACAAAGCAUCUCCAUUCUAUCUUGUUCAGCUUUACAUUUAAAAAUUCUUCUUGUUCGUAUAAAACUUAUCUCUUACAUAAAGUGAAAUCUGUUAAUUUUUUGUUUUGACAAGGAUAAACUACUUAUCUGCAUCUGUUUAAGAAUAGAUUAACUUAUUUUGAGAAGAAAUUCUGGGCACCAUUUUUGACUAUUGAAGACUUAUUUGUAAUUUAAUUUCUACUUUACAUUGUGAACGUUCAUUUUCUAAUAAACAAGAUUAUUUUGCAUAUGUA